AUGGCCAAGUUAGAGAUCCAAAUCCAUAGCAGGAAAAUGUUGAAGCCCUCAAUUCCUACCCCGAAUCAUCUUCAGACCCUCAAGCUUUCAUUUUUCGAUCAGAUGGUUCCUCGUGCAUAUGUGCCAGUACUCUUCCACUACUUGCCAAGCUGCAGUACGACUACUGAAAGAUGUGAUAAGUUGCAAAAAUCUUUGGCCCAGAUAUUAACCAACUUUUACCCUAUAGCAGGGAGAUUUAAUGAAGAUGAAUUCUCAAUUCAGUGCAAUGAUGAAGGUGUUGAGUAUGUCCAAACCAAAGUCAACGCGGAUCUUGCUGAAUUUCUUCACCAAGGACCCAACACUGAGCUUUUGAAUGAUUUUCUUCCAUGGCCUAGUGCUGUUCCACCAUACUCAGAUCUACCAUCAAGUCCAUUACUUGGUGUCCAAGUGAACCUAUUCAAUUGUGGAGGACUAGUCAUAGCCAUACAAAUUUCACACAUCGUAGCUGAUGCUUUCACUUUAGCAACAUUUGUCAAGGAAUGGGCGCACACUUGCCUUACAGGAACGACAAAAGAUUGUCUCUCAAGUUUUGGUCACUUGUCAUCGCUAUUUCCCACAAGAGUGCUAUCAGGAAUUCAAUAUUCACCACCAUCCAACAGGGGCACUAAGAGUUUCACGAGGAGGUUUGUGUUUGAUGCUUUGGCGAUAACUAAGCUCAAAAAUACAAUCAAUUAUUCAAGUGCCAUUAAGCCUACUAGAGUGAUGGUCGUUAUGUCGGUAAUAUGGAAGGUUCUUGCAGGCAUUUCCACCGCCAAAAAUGGACAUUCAAGGGGCUCAUCUUUUUUAUUUCCUAUUAAUUUGAGAGGAAAAUCAAAGUUACCAUCUUUAGAACAUGCUCUAGGUAAUGGUACCAUGUUUGGAAUUGCUGAUCUAGAGGCAAGCCAGGAGUUGAAUCAUGAGUUGGUAGGAAAUACAAUACGGGACACAUGCGUAAGCAUUGGUAAGGCGACAAGAGUUGAUGAUGUUUUCUCUUUAGUUGUUAACAAUCAGAUAAAAGCAGUAGACAUGUUUUGCCAAGGUGACGAGAUGGACAUUUAUUCGUGCACUAGUUGGUGUGGAUUCUCUUGGUAUGAAGCUGACUUUGGUUGGGGAAAGCCAUUCUGGGUGAGCUCCGUUAGCCUUGAUGCUAUUGAAGUCAUUAUGCUGAUGGACACAAAGGAUGGUGAUGGAGUAGAAGCAUGGGUUAGUUUGAAGGAGAAUGACAUGGCUGAAUUCGAGAGAGAUGAUGAUAUCUUGACAUUUUGUUCUCCACUUCCAAAGUAGCAUU